AUGACUUGCCAAGCGUUUGCUUCAUCUGACACUUUUGUACCCUUGAAUUCUGACUCCUCUCCUUCUCUGCCUCUGAUAAUGCAUCACAGCGCCGCAGAAUGCCUGCCAGUUUCUAACCAUGCGACCAAUGUUGUGUCUACAGUCCCGUCUGUUUUGUCUUUGAUCCAAACUCCUAAAUGCUCCCGUGUCCACUUUGCCAUGACGACUUUGGGAAACACAUCGGCAGGCCUUCAUUAUUCUGUGCCUUCCUGUCAUUAUGGAAAUCAACCAUCUACCUAUGGGGUGAUGGCAGGCAUCAAGCCUGCAACUCCAGAGAUGCUGUCAGCAAGUCUCUCCCAGAGUCGCAUCUUACAGACAUGCAGCAUGCCGCAUCCCAAUGUAGUAAAUGGUGUCAGCACUUUACAAAGUAGCCUGACCCCUUGCCUUUAUAAAUUCCCUGAGCAUGCUCUGAGUGCUGGUUCCUGUGCUCUGGGCCACGGCUUCACGCCUAUGCACCAGUCUGUUCUUGGAGACGAUCCCACAGCCUCCGACUUCAAGCAGGAAUUUCGCAGGAAAAACAAGUCUGUUGAAGAACCAAUAGACAUGGAUUCCCCUGAAAUCAGGGAACUGGAGAAAUUUGCCAAUGAAUUCAAAUUGCGGAGAAUUAAGCUGGGUUAUACACAAACCAAUGUUGGAGAAGCGCUGGCAGCUGUACAUGGCUCUGAAUUUAGCCAAACUACUAUUUGCCGGUUUGAAAACCUGCAGCUGAGUUUCAAGAAUGCAUGCAAACUGAAAUCAAUCUUGUCCAAGUGGCUGGAAGAAGCAGAACAAGUAGGAGCUUUAUACAAUGAAAAAGUUGGAGUCAAUGAGCGGAAGAGAAAGCGCAGAACCACCAUAAGUAUUGCUGCCAAAGAAGCCCUAGAGAGGCACUUUGGAGAACAAAGUAAGCCUUCUUCUCAGGAAAUUAUGAGGAUGGCUGAGGGGCUCAAUCUUGAGAAAGAAGUUGUGAGAGUUUGGUUUUGCAACAGAAGACAAAGGGAAAAAAGAGUGAAGACAAGUUUACACCAGAACACCUUUAGUUCUAUUAUCAAGGAACAUCAUGAAUGCCGGUAA